AUGGGAGUUGUUCGGUUUCUCUCCCUCCCACCCACGACGUACCUUCCCUCAUCCACCCCUGUGAGGCCCCCACUCUCCAACCCUCACUCCCCCUCUAGCCUCCUCUAUUUCAUCUCACGCGAGCCCACCCUUCUCCCCCCACCUUUAACCUCAAUUCCCUCUGCCCUCUCACUCACCUAUGGCCAACCUCACUCUCAUCCCAGUAGUGACACCCGCUUCUUCUCCUUAUUCUUCACUAACCGUGGAAGCCACCAAAGGCCUCCCAUACGACCAACGACCAUUACCUUCAUCCUCCCUCACAAAAAUCACCUCAGUAGCCCCGCUCUCCGUACACCUUCACUUCGCCUUUUCCCUUUAAUCCUUAGCAUGCCACCCGCACCUUGCCAAUCACUUCUAACCUCAAUAGCGCCACCCCCAUUGCAGCCCACACCCAGCACCAGCCCUAACCGCUUCCGUGACCACCUUCACCCUUAA